AUGUCUUCAACACCAGCGGACCCUUAUCGAGGCCCCAUGAUUAACUACAGUCCUCAUGACAGUAGCAAAAAUUCGAAUCGGGAGGAUAUCAUUUCCUACGGUGCACAUCAAUUUCCCCAAGAUAGGCCCACUGAAAAUCGCUACCACCCUGAUACAAUCCAGCCAGUCUAUGGGUCUCCAUCGACUUUUAUCACGAACCACUCGCAUCCACGCCAGUCGGGCUCGCAUUAUAACACAACCGUUUAUAGAAACUCCCCAAUCCAGGGUAGCAGAAAACGACAACGUACCGACAAUGAUCCUGGGCCCAGCGGCGACACUGAUCACACGUAUGGGUACCCACCUAUCUUGCAAAAUAUACACAUAGGUGACCCAUCGGCUCCAACAGGCGAAUCGACCGACCUGACGUACGCUGAUCAUGUCGGCCCUUCGUCUUCCCACCAGACAUCGAACCAGGACUACCUCCAGAUUGCUCUCCCGCAACAACAUCACCAUCAUCGGCUACCACCCCAAGCAUUCGGGGCUGCGACCUCCACUGAUCAGGGCUCUGAAGCCAGGCAAAUCGACCGUAGCAUCAUGAACCGCCCAGGCAUGCCUAAACCAUGCCCUGCGCCAAAAGCACCAAAGACUAGAUUCGGUCCUGUGGAAGAUGCGACGUUGAUAGACCUAAAGGAGAAUUGGCAGCUUUCCUGGAAAGAUAUUGGAUUGUGGUUUCCAGGGCGAAGACAACAAACAUUGCAAGUCCGUUACUGUACCAAAUUGAAGGAAAGGAAUGUGGUUUGGGAUGAUGACUUGGACCAGAAAUUGAAAAAGGCGCUGAAGGACUAUGAAGACAACAAAUGGUCGCAGAUUUCCCGGAAGGUUGGGCCUGGUAUACCAGCAGCAACGCGCUCGGGCCAAAGCGGCUUCAAACUCACCCAACCUCAAACCUCCAAACUCCCUCUCCUGCCCCAAACGCCCCGCGUAAUCAACCCCAUCACCUCCAGGACAAUGUUCCUCCAACGUACAGCCUCCGCCCUCGCAAGGCGCUCGCCUGCCCGCGCUUUCACCCUCGCCCAGCGCCCUUUCUCUUCCUCCAUCGUUCGCUCCACUGAGAAGAAGUGGACUCCCAAGCAGGAGGGCAAGAUCCUGACCUUCGAAGAGAUCAAGGUCGAGGACGACCUCGUCGCUCCGGGUGCUAAGCCCGGUACCAUUCCCACCGAUGUCGAGCAGGCCACCGGUCUUGAGCGUCUGGAACUCAUCGGAAAGAUGCAGGGCAUUGACAUUUUCGACAUGCGUCCCCUUGAUGCCUCCCGCCUGGGCACACUCGCAGACCCCAUCAUUGUUAACAGCGCCGGUGAUGAGCAGUACGCCGGUUGCACCGGUUUCCCCGCAGACUCCCACCAGGUCAACUGGCUGACCGUCUCCCGCGAGCGCCCCAUUGAGCGCUGCCUCGAGUGCGGAAACGUGGUCAAGAUGAACUACAUCGGACCCGAGGAGGACCCCCACUCCCACGACCACGACCACGGUCACCACCACCCCGCUCCCGUCGAGCCCAAGACCUUCGCCGACUACGUCAAGCCCGACUACUGGUACCGGUAGAUCUUUAAU